GUUGAAUUUUUGAGUGACUUUCCGUCCGGAGCUCUCCAUCUUCCAAAAUUCCAAAUUCCCACCUUCUAGCAAACAAGACUCCCCCCAACCCAAGAUCUAAACCCUACGAUCUAACGUACCUUGGGUGUUUUUUUUAACUUCAAUCUUCUUCACCUCCAAGGUUCCUCCCUCCUCUUUCGUCGCGAUAACGGCCAUAAUGUUCUCGCGCGCUCUGCGAGUUCCGAGAGCCGCAGCGCCUUUAGCGCGUGUCCGAGCUGCCAGACCCGUCGCUAUCGCACCUUUUCGUUCAGUCACUACAAACGCUGCUACCUCGCAUGCUGACAAGAAUGCCGUUCCCGAUGCCGACGACAAGCCCUUUCAAGUCACCCUAAGUGACGAGAGUUUCGAGACAUAUGAGCUCGAUCCCCCUCCCUAUACUCUCGACGUCACCAAGAAGGAGCUCAAGCAGAUGUACCACAACAUGGUCACUGUCCGACAGAUGGAGAUGGCUGCCGACCGAUUAUACAAGGAGAAGAAGAUCCGAGGUUUCUGCCAUCUUUCCACAGGUCAAGAGGCUGUCGCCAUCGGUAUUGAACAUGCGUUAACCAAGGAGGACGACAUUAUUACCGCCUACCGAUGCCACGGCUUCGCCCUGAUGCGCGGAGGUACCGUUAGAUCCAUUAUUGGUGAGCUACUGGGCCGACGUGAGGGUAUCGCCUACGGAAAGGGUGGUUCUAUGCACAUGUUCACCAAGGGCUUCUACGGCGGUAAUGGUAUCGUCGGUGCCCAGGUCCCCGUCGGUGCCGGCUUAGCUUUUGCACACAAGUACAACAACACUAAGAACGCCGCUGUUAUCUUGUACGGCGACGGUGCCAGCAACCAGGGUCAGGUUUUCGAGGCUUUCAACAUGGCUAAGCUAUGGAACCUGCCCGCUCUAUUCGGCUGCGAGAACAACAAGUAUGGCAUGGGUACUGCUGCUGCUCGAUCAUCUGCUCUUACCGACUACUACAAGCGCGGCCAGUACAUCCCUGGUCUUAAGGUAAACGGCAUGGACGUCCUUGCGGUGAAGGCCGCUGUCAAGUACGGCAAGGAAUGGACCGUCGCCGGCAACGGCCCUCUGGUUCUUGAAUACGUCACAUACCGAUACGGUGGACACUCUAUGUCCGACCCCGGCACCACUUACCGAACCCGUGAGGAGAUCCAGCGCAUGCGAUCGACCAAUGACCCCAUCGCCGGCCUCAAGCAGAAGAUCCUCGACUGGGAAGUCUGCACCGAGGAUGAGCUGAAGACGAUCGACAAGGAGGCCCGCAAGCACGUCAACGACGAGGUCGCCAUCGCUGAGGCCAUGCCCGUCCCCGACACCACACCGCAAAUUCUGUACGAGGACAUCUACGUCAGGGGAACGGAGCCGCAGUUUAUGCGUGGCCGUAUACCCGACGAAAACUUCUACUUCAGCUCGUAAAUUUUCAGCCGUUGGAGUAUGUAGUAAGCGCCGGACGUGAAUGAAGCAUUAAAAUAUCCCCUUUUUUUUGCAAACAUCCCUGUAGUGUAAAAUAUAAAUGGGCAGGCUAGGCUGGGGGGGGUUGGAGUAAUGAAUGAAGAAGUCAAAUGUUUCGAUUACGCCCCGAUCAUCAACGUAGCUAGCUAGCUAGGUACCUAAGGUAGCUAUCCAUCCGCGUGGCUAGAACCUGAUCUAGUCGAAGCAAGCCUUGUUUGUGGCUCUGAGGGAAAAAUAGACGAGCGAUGAUACCA